AUGGCAGACGAUGUAGAGCAGUGUCGAGCAGCCUUACAGGAGUGUCCCGCGGGUCAUCCUGAUCGAUCCAUGUCUCUUCACAACCUAGCCAACAGGCUUCACGACAGAUUCCAGAAACAAGGUGUCCUGUUUGACCUGGAAGAAGCCAUUGAACUCAAUCGAGCUUCAUUGGCACUCCGUCUCCCUGGUCAUCCUGAUCGAUCCAUGUCUCUCCACACCCUUGCUGACAGCCUUGACGACAGAUUCCAGAAGCAGGGAGUCCUGUCUGACCUGGAAGAGGCCAUUGAGCUCAAUCGUGCCUCACUGGCGCUCCGUCCCUCCGACCAUCCUGAUCGAUCUGUUUCCCUCAACAACCUCGCCAACAAUCUUCUAGACAGAUUCGAGCGGCAUGGCGUCCUAUCUGACCAGGAAGAGGCCAUCGAGCUCUUUCGAGCUGCGCUAGCGCACCGUCCCCCCGGCCAUUCCCUUCGGUCCUUGUCUCUCAACAACCUUGCUGUCAGCCUUCAUGAUAGAUUCCGGGAGCGGGGCAUCCUGUCUGACCUGACUGAGGCUAUCGAGCUCCAUCGAGCUGCAUUGGCGAUCCGUCCUCCCGGCCAUCCUGAUCGAUCCAUUUCCCUCGCAAACCUUUCUAACAGCAUUCGAGUCAGAUUUGAAGAACAGGGUGUUCCAUCUGACCUGGAUGAGUCCAUCGAGCUCACUCGCGCUGCACUGGCGCUCAGUCCCCCUGGCCAUUCCACGCGAUUCGCGUCUCUCAACAACCUUGCCAUUGGCCUCCGCGCCAGAUUCGAGCAGCAGGGCGUCCUGUCUGACUUGAAUGAGUCCAUCGAGCUCCAUCGAGUUGCACUGGCGCUGAAUCCUCCCGACCACCCCCUUCGAUCCGUGUCUCUCAACAACCUCGCCAACAGCCUUAGAAACAGAUUACUGCAGCAGGGCGUCCUGUCAGACCUGGAUGAGGCCAUCGAGCUCAAUCGAGUUGCAUUGAUGCUCCGUCCCCCCGACCAUUCCCUUCGAUCCGCGUCUCUCGACUUCCUUGCCAUCACCCUUGAAGAAAGAUUCCAACAGCAGGGCAUCCUGUCAGACCUGGAAGAGGCAAUUAGCCUCUAUCGAACUGCACUGGCGCUCCCCUUCGACGCAGAUUCCAGGAGCGGGGGCGUCCUGUCUGACUUGGAUGAGGCCAUUGAGCUCCAUCGAGCCGCACUGGUUCUCCGUCCCCCUGGUCAUUCUCAUCGACCCAACUCUCUCAACAACCUUGCCGACGGCCUUGUCAACAGAUUCCGGCAGCGGAGCGUCCUAUCCGACCUGAAUGAGACCAUUGAGCUUAAUCGAGCUGCACUGGCGCUCCGUGCCCCUGGGCAUUCUCUUCGAUCUUCGUCUCUCAACUACCUUGCCAACAGCCUUAGAUACAGAUUCGAGCAGCAGGGCGUCCUGUCUGACCUGUAUGAGGCCAUCGAGCUCUAUCGAGCUGCACUGGUGCUCUGUCCUCCUGGCCAUUCCCGUCGAUCCUCGUAUCUCAACGACCUUGCCAAUAGUCCUUCAAACCAGCUCUCACAAGUAUCUCAUACAGUGUCCCGUGAAGAUAUUCGUGCCGCAAAGUCAUGGGCCGCCUCCGCCGAGCAGCUGGAGCAUGGAUCUGUCACGUUGCUGUUUUGUCGUCCUCGUCCCGCCAUUUCGAUGUGGUCAGGGAGGCCACUUCAUUUCCUUGCAAUGGAUGCUUUCUCAUGUGGUGUUCGUCAUGGUGCUCUGACGACUGCUGUAGAAUUGGUGGAGCAGGGUCGUGCAGUAUUCUGGACCCAGUUGGCGCGCUUUCGCACACCACUGGAUGACCUUUCUGCAUCGGGUGACACCGGCGAAGGCUUGGCAGAAGAGUUCAAGCAAGUCGGCUUUCGCCUUCGCAAAGUGUUGGAUGCUUUAGAUGCGUCUCCUGAAGACCAGUCUCCGCAAAUACGGCAGCUGACCAUGCAAUGGAAUGAUGUUAUCUCCCGCAUCCGCAUGCUGCCCGACUUUUCCCGGUGUCUCCUACCUCCAUUGUUCUCUGACCUCCAGAAAGCGGCCGAAGAUGGUCCAGUUAUUAUCGUCAAUGCCAGUCAGUACAGCUGUGACGCCCUGAUCAUCCUGAGUGACCAAGAUCCCAUUCAUAUUGCACUUGGUAUUGCGCGGACCGAGGUCUCCGAGUUGUCCUCCACAUUUCGCUCUCUCACAGAUCAUGCUGGCUCUUCGGAUCAUCAAACUGAGUUGCUCGACAUUGUUGGCGUCUUGCGCGAGCUUUGGAAUAAUAUUGUUGAACCCAUAGUUCAAGCGCUCAGGCAGUUCAUUCCUCGUGGCUCACGCAUAUGGUGGUGUCCUACCGCUGAGUUCACGCUGCUCCCUCUACACGCAGCAGGUCCCUACGAGCCGCACAGUCGUAAUCUCUCUUACCUCUACAUUUCAUCUUACACCCCAACUUUGGCCACACUCAUUCGUGCAAGAGAGCAGGUUUUUCGAGAUGCGUCCACCCAGAAUUUUGUUGCCAUCGGCCAAGCGAACCCGGAUGGUGGGAAGCCACUUGAUUGUGUCGCUGCUGAGGUAGACAUCGUCGCUCAGCGUGUUGCGCCCUUCCUGUCCUUUACAUCGCUCACGGACAGCGAAGCAACAGUCCAGGGAGCAUCCGAUGUAUUGAGGUGCAAACAAUGGCUUCACCUCGCCUGCCAUGGAAUGCCGAAUCGAAAACAACCAUUUGACUCUUCAUUCGCCAUGCAUGAUGGACCUUUGAUGAUCAGGGACAUCAUACGAACUCACUUGCAGAACCCGGAGUUCGCUUUCUUGUCCGCUUGCCACACUGCGGUGGGACAUGAGUCAAGCCUUGACGAGGCCAUUCAUCUUGCUGCGGCCAUGCAAUUCUCCAGAUUUCGCAGUGUCAUAGGUUCCAUGUGGUCUGUCGAUGAUAGUGUUGCAGGGGAGAUUUUCUCUCUCUUUUACGACAACCUGGUCGAUGAUUCAGGGAGAUUGGACUGCAAAUGUGCCGCAGGAGCGUUGCACAAGACUGUGAAGAUGCUGCGCAAGAAGAUUCCAUUUGAACAGCAGAUCGCAUUUGUCCACAUAGGUGUUUAA